GUACUAAUGAUGGUGCUGUUCAUGGGGCGCCGCAACUCGAGUGGAGAGCAUAUAUCAUGUAUAUGCAUUUAUUAACUUCAACAGUUCGACUGUGACAACAGCAUUGAUUUACUGUAACUGAGUUAGAUAACAGUUGUUGGGCCAAAUUGCUUUCCGAGGUGAAAGCGGUUGCAUCUCAGGAAUUGAAAUGUGUUCAACGGAGCUUCUCCAAGAACUACAAGUUGUCCGACCGGAUGUUCACUCCAGAUUCCUAAUCGCCGAUAUAAUAUACUCUUCGCAACAAUCCCCGAGCAAUGAGGAGGAAAGCGGCACGAAUUCUUGCAAUAGUUCUUCUGUAUCGGUGACUACUUCUGAAACCGUCAUGGCCAGCUUUUCCUCUUCGGAAGGAUAUAGACGUGGUGAAGGACAGCUUUUCAGAUCCAAAAAUGCAAGAGAAGGUUUUAAAUCCCAUAUGGGUGAGCUUGACCGGUUCUGCCUUCUACAUUUGGAACAAGCAUUACAAGGAUGUCCGAGUGCAGAAGCUAGAGCAAUCGUCACAGAGAAAAUUGAAAAACAUAAGCUAUUGCAGGCGACGACCGAAACGCUCGUGACACAGUUACCAGAAAUAGCCAGAAUGCAGGCGGAAGUUGAGAAGUGUCGAUGGACUGUCAUCCUUCCAGCUUUGGCAGAUCAACUGGAAAUAUCCAUCAAACCUCGCACCACUCUUACGGCUCCUACACUUCAACAGUUUAGUACGCAACAGUUGAAAUUGAUCAUGGAUGAUCUCCAUUCUGUGAUAGAUGAUCUCAACCAAACUUUGGUGAAGGAAUUAACUGACCGAGACGAGCUUUACCUUGCACAGGGGGCCAAAUGCACAGAAAUUGAGGAUCUGUCUGCCUACUUUAAAGAACUGUGCAUACGAACUUCCAUACAGCGAGUCCGGAGGAAGGCCUUGAGCACAUUGUCCGCUUAUCAAAGCAAGACACGCGCAUCCGAUCAACAACUUCCUUCUGAUAUGGUUUCACCUGAUUCAUGCAAUUCCGUGCUUCACUCAGACAAGCAUCAAUUCCUACGACAAAAUAGUUUUCCUGUAUAUUCGAAACCGCGAAAAUUUCCCUUACUUUUCCGGAGAGGUGGAGCAGCACCACAGGUAUCUUGAUAGGAAACUAUUUCGAUUUUGAUGAGCUGCUCAUAUCUCGAAGAUUCACAGCAAUACAAGAUGUCCCGGCAUUGCACCUUUUACAGCAUUUUGUAUUUAUUUGUGAAAAGUUUGCAAUAGAUAUCGAUAUUAC